AAAUAAACAAACAAACAGAAACCUCACUGGGUACAGUCUGUACAGUCCUCACCAACAUGGCGGCGCUUUUGGCGCAUCUUUUUUUUCCCACGCGCUCUGGCGCGAUGACGUCAUCGGCGGAGGCUCCAGGAUUUAAAAAGUAGCAGCCAGCGCUGUAAGAGAGAUGUCUUCUUAUCCUUUGUGAUGCUCCAUCCUCUCUGUUUGUGUGACAGCCUUCACAGUGUUCCAUGGCUACCAGAAUGAACUUGGAUAAUCAUUUGAGUCAUAUUAUCUCUGCAGCCGAUGGCAGUGUUGCAAAAAUACGUCUUUGGCCACUAGGAGUCACCCUGCACCACGGCUCGGCAUGAUUUUCCGAGGUUAUGAUGACCGGAACAUUUCAUUUCACACGAAUAAAACAUGAUCUCUUGCCUUGUAAGGAACGCCUUGCCGUUCCCGGAAGGCUUUCGAGAGAAAGAGAAGAUGUGUAUCCAGUGAGAAAUCUGAGUCAUGCUGCGGCUUUGGAGCCUCCUGUACAUCUUAGUGGUGCUGUUCAGUGGAGUGACCUGGCAGCUGUACAGGCCCAGCUUCAUAACCAGCGCCAGACAAUUGAGUCCCUAACGCAGAACCUGAGGUCAGUGGAGAGAGAGAGAGAUGCUCAACAGAGACAAAUACAGACGCUGCAAGAGGAGGUGAGGAGGCUCCGGGAGAGACUGGAGGAGAGAGAAAGGAAGCAGGAUAUCGAGGAAGACAAGGUCCCGGCAGUAGAGAUGAAGCUGCAGCAGUGGAAAAGGGAAGUGGGACGCGAGUUAAGCACCCUGAGAGGCCACAUGGACAGGGCCACAUCUCUAGGCAACCGGGAAGAAAGUUUCAGUUCUAAACUGCACAGGGAGGAAGUGGAUCAGCUCAGGAGAGAGGUGGACCUGCUCAAAAGCAAGCUGAUGAGGCAUGAGGAGGACAUGUACCAGCAGCAGUCUGAAGCACGAGAAACAAGGAGGCAGUGCGAGCGCAGCUGCAAGACACUGGAAACCGUCACCGAUUCUUACCGCACCUAUGGCUCCGAGCUUUCCAGGAUCAUCUCACAGUACCAGCACACGCAGCAAGACAUGAGAGAUCUCAGAUGUACAGUAUCUGGAUUGAAGGAUGAAGUGAGAAGCCUAAUUCUGAGAGACAGACUCGACACACCUGCAGAAAUGCCACGGAAAUCAAGUGCUUUGGAAGCAGCGGUUGCUGUGGAGAUGAGUCCUCGGAGACGGUUGCUGUCAGACUCUGAUGAUGAAUUGAGCCCCACCCCUAGUCUCGGAGAUGUAAGCUCAGAUGACCUGGACACAUCCUGGCUGGGGGACUCAGCUCCGAAACUAAGGAGUCAAGGACGGGAUGCCCGCUCGAGCCCGUCAGGAAGCGAUCUCAGUGACAUCGUGAGCGGACUUGGGAGCAACCGUAGCAAUGUGGGAGGAGCUUCAGACAGUUCGCCAGACCUCAGUCUCUGUGAUCUUUGACACUAGAAACAGGAAGUAAAACAGUGAUCUCUGGUGCGAGUCUGAACAGCCAUGUGGUCUAGGGAAGCAUUUGACACACAAAAUAACACUGACCAUAGAACACUGACUCGACCUUUUUCACUAAAACGCCCUGUUCUUAAGAAAUGCACAGAUUCACAGUUGAAUAUUGCUUCAGUGUCUAGCUAUGUGAUGAAAGCUAACGAUACUUUGAUUACAUGCAAUCUUUUAUACUUUCUCUAGACUGUGUAAGUAGAAAGGCACCAGGUUCUAGAAGCCUUGUUUAGAUAUGGGUUUCUAGAUUAUUUUAACACUACAUUUGGAUGUAUUAUGAGAGCGGCAAUGAUUGGUGAAACGUCACAUUGUCUUGGUUCACCACUACUAGACAACAGAGGUGUAUGUUACUCCGGCUCCAGUGUUCAUUCAGUACAUUGUUGUUUUAAAAUGUCUCCAGGAGCAACUGAUCUGAGAACUAGAAUUUUAAUAUUAUAGUAUUUCAAUACCAUUUUAACCAGCACACAGAGGGGAAAAAAGCCUCAUCUGUAAGACAGAAACAUACUGGUAAUUUUUCUCCAGUCAUUUUGAGAGAUUUUCAGCGUUAAUCAUGCUGAAGCGACUCACAUCUGGUUUACUUCUGUAGUAGACUGUUUGUCAUUUCAAGAGUUGUUUACGUGGAUCUAUUUUAAACUCUUUCUCAGACUGACGUACUCAUUCACGUGAGGUUAGACGACGUGAAUAACUCGCUGAAGGUCUCCUUCACCCAGCUGCCAUCUGAGCAACUCCCAUUUAAUUUCAGAUAUUUUUUUCUGUCCUUUUAUUUUUCUCUUUUUUUGGGGACUAAUCUACAGCAAGGAGACAGAUUUUUUUAAACUUAUUAAAUGGUUUCUUGUUUAAUAUGAACUGGUGUUCUUGAGAAAGGGAGUGUUUUCAUCUUACUGUAAUUUGGAUUUUUUGCUUUAUUCCUUUUUUUGGGGAAAUAAAUCAAACAAAUGUCAGUAUCAAAAAUCAUGCAGGUAAAAUUUAUGAGAC